AUGUCAUAUUAUUAUACCGCCCUGGUUGCAGAGGACUGGGCCGUCGAUGCAUGGAGCCACAUGAACAAUAGCGACGGCACAAACUCCAGCCUCACGGCACUUCCAGAUCAAGGCGCUGGAACAUGGCAAUGGGAUUAUGCCACUUCUGAAGCGCCUCCAUCUAUGCCAAAUACGACAUUUACUACCAUCGGAGAUAUCACUUUUCCGUCCAUGCCAGACACAGCUCAUCCGGAAACCGAGAACUGCUUCACAUUCCUACCAUCCAUAUCGGUUCAAGGCAGCCCGAGCGAAAAGUGUGACUGCGGGACGACGACCGCAGCGUUGACAACCCAGGGAUCCAGCACUGGCUGCGCGCUCAGCAAUACCAUCUUCCCGAUAAACCAGUUUCCAGUCAGCACAUGGACCGUCACCUCAUCUGCUACCCCGGCUCCCGUGGUGACACCGUCACAGCGUAUGUAUCCCAGAGGUAUAUUUCAAGUUUUCAAGGAAAUGGGAACUGAUAUCAAGAUCACAGCAACUCCGACACGAGCGUUUGAGAUUAUGUUCAAAGACGGUACCGUCGACGGGAUACAGCUCGACGCUUGGACAGUCUACUCGCACCCCAUCGGUCAAGCCACCAAGAUAGAUGCCUGCAAUGGAGGAUUUUUUUUUAAAACUGCCGGCGACACCGUCAGCUUCCCGACCAGCCUAGGCCCUUUCAACAAUGCUCCAUACAGAUCAUGCAGGUACCAAGGUCCCACGAACGCUCCUGGUAGCGUCUCCUGUCCGGAUAUGGCCACAUGGACCACAUGCAGCCCAGCGACUUGGUCGACGCAGGGUUGUGACAACGGCGCCGGGGAAGACGUAUUUAUCGCGCAGGCUGAAUGUGAGUUCUGA